GGCAUUUGAGCAAACGGUGUCGUGAAAGAGCACACUGCCUAAUCUUCCCCACAUGAACAUUGUAAUAAAAUCACUGGCAGCAGCAACUUCCCAGUUCACACUUCCGUCUUCACCUUCGUUCUUCAACCCCAUAAAUCACCAGAAUACGAGAGAAUUUUUUUCAAACUCUGCUAUUUUCCUAUUUAAUUUAUUGGAAAAGGGAACAAAAUUUAAUUCUUUCUCAAUAUUUAUUUAAUUUAUUUUGCUACUUUUAAUAAACUUUCCAUAAAUCUAAAAUUUCCAUAUCAACUUUGCUAAUUGCAAUUAUUAUUACAACACUCCUUAUUAAUUGAAUUAAACCCUUUUCAUCUGAUUGCAUUUUGGUUCAAUCCUUUCUAUCUCCUUUUCUGGGUUCAGCAAAAACAGUAUGUUCCUGCUUUUAUUCUACCAUUGAUUUGAAUUUGAAGCUUCUUUACUAAGAGCCCAUCUACAGAUCUCUUCCUUUAUGCUCAAAGUGGACCCUAGAUAGGUAUAUGCAAAUGGCAUCCAAAUCAUUCAAAAGUCGCUCGAAUCUAUCAUCGAGCACUGAUGCAUCUGAGCUGCAGCAACUCAGACCUCCACUUCCCCCAACCGCGACCUUUGCUCACCAAGCUCGCCGGACCUCCUCUGGCCGCUAUACUAACCAUUCGAGAGACGAUCUUGACAGUGAACUUUCAAGUUCAGAAUAUGCAAACUAUACAGUGCAAAUACCUCAAACCCCCGAUAACCAGCCGAUGGUGGACCCCACAAUAUCGCAGAGGGUCGAGGAACAGUAUGUUUCCAACUCUCUUUUCACAGGAGGGUUUAAUAGUAUUACUAGAGCUCAUCUCAUGGACAAGGUGAUUGAUUCUGAAGCUAACCAUCCCCAGAUGGCUGGUUCAAAAGGAUCCUCUUGUGCUAUCCCUGGAUGUGAUGGGAAUGUUAUGAGUGAUGAGAGGGGUGCUGAUAUUCUUCCUUGUGAAUGUGAUUUCAAGAUUUGUCGUGACUGUUACAUCGAUGCAGUCAAGUCUGGGAACUCACUUUGUCCAGGUUGUAAGGAACCUUACAAGAACACUGACUUGGAUGAAUCAACUGGGGAAAAAUCACUUGCACUUCAACAUCCAAUGAGCAGGAGUGGGAGGAGAUUGUCGAUGAUGAAAUCAACAAAGUCAGUGUUGAUGAGAAGUCAGACUGGGGAUUUUGAUCAUAGUCGCUGGUUAUUUGAAACAAAGGGGACAUAUGGGUAUGGAAAUGCUAUUUGGCCAAAAGAGGGGGGUCCUAUUGAUGGUAAUGGAGAUGAUGGGGAAGUGCAUGAUCCUCAGGAAUUGAUGAAUAAACCAUGGAGGCCACUUACUCGGAAAGUGAAGAUUCCUGCUGCUGUUCUCAGUCCUUAUCGGUUGCUUAUAUUUGUGCGAAUGGUUGUUCUGGGAUUCUUCCUCGUGUGGAGAGUCAAACAUAAAAAUGAGGACGCGAUAUGGCUGUGGGGAAUGUCUGUGGUUUGCGAGAUUUGGUUUGCCUUUUCUUGGCUUCUUGAUCAGAUGCCGAAACUCUGCCCUAUUAACCGUGCUACGGAUCUCAAUGUUCUGAAAGACAAAUUUGAGACACCUAGUCCUAACAAUCCAACUGGAAAAUCUGAUCUUCCUGGAAUAGAUAUUUUUGUGUCUACUGCAGAUCCAGAAAAGGAGCCCCCUCUUGUCACUUCCAACACUAUUUUAUCUAUCUUAGCUUCUGAUUAUCCUGUUGAAAAGCUAUCUUGCUAUGUGUCUGACGAUGGUGGUUCCCUUCUUACUUUUGAGGCCAUGGCUGAAGCUGCAAGUUUUGCUCAUAUGUGGGUUCCUUUCUGUCGUAAACAUAAUAUUGAACCAAGGAAUCCUGAUUCUUAUUUUAGUCUGAAGAGGGAUCCAUAUAAGAACAAAGUUCGUCAAGAUUUUGUAAAAGACCGUAGGCGUGUAAAGCGAGAAUAUGAUGAAUUCAAGGUUCGGAUCAAUGGUUUGCCCGAGUCUAUUCGACGACGAUCUGAUGCUUACCAUGCCAGAGAAGAAAUCAAAGCCCUUAAACUUCAGAGACAAACUCCAAACGAUGAACCUUUUGAGGUUGUUAAGAUUCCAAAAGCUACUUGGAUGGCUGAUGGAACUCAUUGGCCUGGUACUUGGAACCAUCCUGCUCCAGAACAUUCCAAGGGAGAUCAUGCAGGAAUCAUACAGGUUAUGCUCAAGCCUCCUAGUGAAGAACCACUUUUAGGUGUUGCUGAUGAGUCAAAGCUUCUCGACCUGACCGAAGUUGACAUCAGGCUUCCCUUGCUGGUUUACGUGUCACGUGAGAAACGUCCUGGCUAUGAUCACAACAAGAAAGCUGGAGCGAUGAAUGCGUUGGUGAGAGCAUCUGCAAUCAUGUCCAAUGGUCCCUUCAUUCUCAACCUUGACUGUGACCAUUACAUUUACUACGCCCAAGCAAUGAGAGAAGGCAUGUGUUUCAUGAUGGACCGUGGUGGGGACCGCAUAUGUUAUGUCCAGUUCCCUCAAAGGUUCGAGGGUAUUGACCCUUCUGAUAGGUAUGCCAACAAUAACACUGUUUUCUUCGAUGUUAACAUGCGGGCCCUUGAUGGGCUUCAAGGCCCAGUUUAUGUCGGAACGGGUUGUCUCUUUCGAAGAAUGGCCCUUUAUGGGUUUGAUCCACCUCGUGCGAAAGACCGUGCUCCAAGUGUCUGGGAUUGCUGCUUCCGACGACGCAGGAAGCUCGCAGCUGUUGAAGAAAACCGAGCUCUGAGAAUGGGCGACUCGGACGACGAAGAAAUGCCUCUUGCCACAUUUCCCAAGAAAUUCGGCAACUCCGGAUUCCUCAUUGAUUCAAUCCCCGUGGCCGAGUUCCAAGGCCGUCCGCUGGCAGACCACCCUGCUGUCAAGAACGGAAGGCCACCUGGCGCUCUCACAAUCGGCCGAGAGUUGCUUGAUGCAUCGACUGUUGCCGAGGCAAUCAAUUCCAUCUCUUGCUGGUACGAGGAUAAAACCGAAUGGGGUGACCGUGUGGGUUGGAUUUAUGGUUCCGUUACAGAGGAUGUGGUCACUGGUUACAGAAUGCACAACAGAGGUUGGAAGUCUGUGUACUGUGUCACAAAACGAGACGCUUUCCGUGGGACCGCCCCAAUAAAUCUCACUGACCGGCUCCAUCAAGUUCUCCGGUGGGCCACUGGCUCAGUUGAAAUCUUCUUCUCCCGCAACAACGCCCUUCUCGCCAGCCCGAAAAUGAAGAUCUUACAAAGAAUUGCAUACCUUAAUGUCGGUAUCUAUCCCUUCACCUCAAUCUUCCUAAUCGUGUACUGCUUCCUACCUGCACUAUCCCUCUUCUCAGGCCAGUUCAUCGUACAAACCCUCGACGUAACUUUCCUCACAUAUCUACUAACCAUUACAGUAACACUAUGUCUUCUCGCUAUUCUCGAGAUAAAAUGGUCCGGAAUCCAACUAGAGGAAUGGUGGAGAAAUGAACAGUUCUGGUUAAUCGGAGGGACAAGUGCACAUCUCGCAGCAGUACUCCAAGGAUUACUGAAAGUGGUAGCAGGAAUUGAAAUCUCCUUCACAUUGACUUCUAAAUCAUCUGGUGAUGAGAAUGAUGAUGAGUUUGCUGAUCUUUACGUAGUCAAAUGGACGUCUUUGAUGAUUCCGCCUAUUCUGAUCAUGAUGUUGAACAUGAUAGCUAUAGCAGUUGGUUUCAGCCGUACAAUUUACAGUACUAUACCGCAAUGGAGUAAGUUGAUAGGUGGUGUUUUCUUUAGUUUCUGGGUUUUGGCACAUCUGUACCCGUUCGCUAAAGGUCUGAUGGGACGACGAGGGAGGACGCCGACAAUUGUUUGGGUUUGGUCUGGAUUACUUGCUAUUACAAUUUCUCUUUUAUGGGUUGCUAUUAACCCUCCAUCUGAUACUGACCAAAUUGGAGGCUCAUUCCAGUUUCCUUAGAAGGUAAAUCUUUCUGUUUAGUUGAAAUCAGUUUGUUGCAUAUUCUUUAUUAACUGCUCCAUAUAUGAGUUAAUCUCUCAUGUCACCAAAUAUUCGUUCAUUUUUGUAUGAUUGAGUAGAACAUUUUUCAGAAAGAUUUUGUUGCAUUGAAGUAACAUCAUCUUUCAACUUA